GCGCUAAAACACCAGCAACCAAUCUCCCAGCCAAGCCCAUCUUUGUUUCCCCUAAACCCAGAACCCAAGGAUGGCGCAGUGUCUCCGCGGCAAGAGCGCCGCCGCCGCAGGAGAGGCGAUGCUCCGCGCGUCGGCGCCAUGGCGGAGGGCGGCCUCAGCUUCGUACCAUCACACGAUCCAGGCGGUGCCACGUGAGACGGCUGGCCCGCGCGCCGCGGCGCGGGAGCGCCGCCAAGGACGCGUCCCGGCCGUGCUUCUCACGUUCGUCGGCGCGGGGCCCGGGGAUGGGGUCGCGCACCGGAAGCUCCUCACCGCCGACAGGAAGCAGCUCGGGGAGAUGCUCAAGCAGUCACCCCACUUCCUCUCCACGCCCGUACGCCUCCAGGUCCGCGCGGGCGACCGAUCCACCGCCGUUGUGCACUCCGGCACUGUCCUGCCCAUUAAGGUGCAUAGAGAUGAAACUACAGGGAAUAUAUUGAACUUGGUAAUGGUGCAGGCAGAUGAGGGAACAAUGCUGAAGGUGCAUUUGCCUGUUGAAUUCAAGGGGGAGGAUGCUUGCCCUGGGUUGAAGAAAGCAGGAGGCUUUUUGCAAAAAAUAAGGACCAGCCUGGUGUAUCUCUGCCCAGCUGAGCACAUCCCUCCAAAAAUUGAGGUGGACCUGACAAAUCUCGAUGUCGGAGAUAGGGUGUUAAUGCAUGACAUCCCCAUCCAUCCAUCGCUCAAGUUGCUGAGUAAAAACGAGACUAUGCCUGUCUGCAAGAUCUUGGCAUCAAAGCCAGUUGAAUAGGAAACGAUGCAAGAUUUCAGAGUUGAUAACAUUGUACCUGGGGUGGUACAGCCCUCCAGCAAUUCCAUCUCUUGUCCUUGGCCUGCUUUCUGGUAUCUGUGUGCUAGGUUUCAAUGUGCUGGUAGAUUCAAACAGGUUAUCGUAUUCAAGAUAUGAACAAACCAAAUGAAGAACUAUCACAAGAGAAACCUUGUCUGUACUGCAAAAUAACAUCCUUUACCUCUCAGUUCAGGGGCAUAUGACAUGUACGAAGAUGUUUAGGUUUAUUGUUUGCUGUGGCCUGGGUGAAUUGGUGUUCUGGUCUGAAGAUUUUUUUACUGUAAGCUGCUCUUGCAAUGGCUCAUGAUUCUUAA